AUGUGCAAGCUCAGAGUCACACAGUUUACCUGUGGCCAUAGCCACGAAAGGAUUGAGGAGAUAUGUGGCUGGAUGAAACUGAGACCUCACAGAGCGAAACUUCAAUGUCCUUAUCGUGAUCCGAAGGGGAUACUUAUUAAAGAUACAAGCAAAUGCCGCGAGUGUUAUUUCGCGGAAUCGGAGGCUCCCGCCCAGUUUAGACAUCCAAAUAAUAUCAAAAGGGUUUCUCCGAAAGCCUCGAAAACUUUAGCAGAUCCGGUCAGUGUGGGUGGUAGUGCUAGACCGUGGUCUAUGAGCAAGGAAGAAAGAAGGCAGCGCAUAGCUGAGAGAUAUGGGGUUUAUAGUGAUCGGGAUCUUCCUGUUUCAGACCCUGCGUACAAAACUAUUUUCCAAACUCUGCCGAGCUUCAAUGACGGCAGGCCAAGCCGUCAGAAUGAUUCUAGACCUGGCAACUCCCAUGAAUACAGCGGCAGUUGUGCUUACGAGCGUCAUGGUACGAAAGCGGUUCCUAACUACACAACGAACUCUAACGCCCCCUGCGCCCGCUCCCAUCAUGACCGAGAGACCAAAUAUUAG